GCCGAGUGGGCCAGCGCCUUCAUUGGCGAACAUCGAGACGAAGAACCACAGUGAAAUCAUGCAGGCUUACAAGGACAUCGUCAAGAGCCUGCAGGAGUCGCAGCAAAAGCACAACGACCUCCUGCAGCGGCACAGUGACCUCACGAAGCAUCAUGUGGAGUUGAUGAGAGCACACCAGGAGCUCCUCGAGAGUUUGAAGAAGGGUGGUGCAGGCGGCGGCGGCGGCGGCGCAGCAGCAGGACAACCGAAAAAGAACAGGGCUAAGCAUCCAGCCCUGGGCGUGGUCCGCCUGGACUACGACUAUCCGCCAGCGCCCGGAGACUCCGACCACCCAGGCAGCUUCGGCUACGAGGUUUACUAUCGCUGCUGCCCAGGGUUGACCUUCGAGAUGUGCCAGGAGGGUCACUUCCCCGAAGCGGUGGAGCGCCGCUUUGCCGAUGCGAUCAAGCAUCUGGAGGCGGCGAGUUGGGGAUCAGAAGAAGCGAAGGUGUGGAAGAGCAGACACCCACCCCUUCAAGUAGGAGAGGCAUUCGUAAAAGCAUCCGGACAUGAUGCAGCAAAUGGGGUUCAAGCAUCGGAGAAAACAGGCGUUCGCUUAGAGCAGACAUGGAGCCACUGUGACCUAUUCUUGAUGACAGUUGUAGCAGAGCUGUAG